AUGAGAUUGGCCUUUUGGUCCGCGCUGAUUGUUUGGGGGAUCCGGCCGAUAUAUGGUCUGCCCGGUCAGCAUGUGUUGAAGCAGAGUGAAGAGGAGGAUGUUAGGAAAGCCUGCCACUCCCUCGCCCUUGGAAUUGGCCGCGACUCCGUCUUCUUCCAAAAUGACCAGCAGUACAAGUACCAACAAAGAGAUUAUUGGUACCAGCAACAACGGAACCUGCACCCGAAAUGUCGCGUCCUUCCGAGGACAACCGAAGAAGUUCGGAAAGCGAUAUCUGCGGUUACAGAGUAUUCUGCUCCGUUCGCCGUCAGCAGUGGAAAGCUAGGUAAUGCUCAGAGCGUGUCCAAUGUGGACAGAGGGAUCACAAUCGAUCUUGGCCGGUUGGAGAGUAUCGAGCUCGCCGACGAUGGCAAGUCGGUGACGCUUGGCCCUGGAGCAAGGUGGAUAGAUGUUUAUCGUCACCUGGAGCACUUCCGACUCGGCGUUAAUGGCGCUCGGGAUGGUUUCGUGGGAGUUGGAGGAUAUGUUCUCGGAGGCGGUCUCUCGUGGUAUGCAAGCUAUUCUGGAUGGACCUGUGACACCGUCAUUGAGUUCGAGGUGGUUCUCGCGAACGGGCUCAUCGUCACCGCCGACGCCUCUCACUAUAGCGAUCUCUUCUGGGCUUUAAAAGGAGGUGGAAACAACUUCGGUAUUGUCACCAAAAUCACGCUUCCCACCUUCGGACUGUGCAGCGUAUUCGGUGGUUACAUGCUCUUCGACCAGGAGCUUAUGGAAGUCGACGACCUGCUUUACAAUUUCCGCAGGUUCAAUAACGAGACGCUUCCGAAUACUCGUGUGGGCGGGUUCCUUCAAUUCGCCACAAUAUUCGGAGGCGGUACGUCGGAAGAAGGCGUGGCAUUCGCCUAUGUGGACGCCGAAGAUGGGACGGCCGACGUGGCGAACCGGUAUUUCCAUGAGCCGGUCCUUCAGAAUCGCACCCACAUCACUUCGCUCUCCGAGAUGUCCCGUUUCAUAAGCGAGAUCGUGUACCGUCCUCUCCACAAAGUCCGGUUCACAUUGACACUCCUCAACGACGAAGUCCUCUUGACGAUUUACAAUAUCUUCUCCCGCUGGAGCAGACGCCUCAAGAAGGAAGAAACCCUACAAAUCCUUGCCAUGGGGUUACACCCACUCACGGAAUCUCAUCUCUCGCAUGGUAACAAUCCUCUCGGACUCCGGGCCCAGGACAGCCCACUCGUCAUGAUCGAUGUCGAGCUCCACUGGCUCCAGUCGGGAUUGGACCGAUAUUACGAGAAUCUCGGGUGGCUGAUAUAUCUCGAGAUGCGAUACGCUGCGAAGACACGAGGAUCAUUUCAUCCAUUUGUGAAUAUGAACUAUGCAGCGAAGUGGCAGGACCCAGUCAAGAGCUAUGGAGAGGAAAAUAUCCAGCGCAUGAUGUCGAUCAGAGAAGCGUACGAUCCGACCAGGGUGUUUACGAGGUUCCUGAAGGGUGGGUUCAAAGUGUAA